UCGCUGACCAAAAGCAAUCGGCAUUUUGCUCGAGGGCUGGCUGAUUGGUGCUGCUCGUGGAGACAGCGUUCCACCCCGCUCUACUGUACAGUGGAUUGCGCGAUAGUCGUGCCCGUUAUUAAAGCGAGGAGGUCCGCAUAACUUCAAUCACAUGGUGUGCUUUCUCUCAUUUCUGUGAGAAGCGAGCACAUUGAAGGCGCAAUGGGUAACAGCAGAUCAAGGCCUAGUUCUAGAUCGUGGACUGGAGAGGCUCCGGUUAAAACGACAGUAUUCAAGCGUGAUGAACCACCGGGGAUAACGUACAGAAUUCCAUCUCUCAUCUACAUCAGAGAACAGGAAUCCUUUUUCGCCUUUGCAGAGAAACGCACGUCUGCCUCCGACCAUGACGCAAAGCUUAUUGUUAUGAGAAGAGGUACAGUGGAGAAAACGUCAAUUGAGUGGUCACCCAUCCAAGAACUAACGACAGCAUGCCUGCCAGAACACCGGACCAUGAACCCUUGCGCCGUCUUUGAAAACAAAACCCAGACAAUUCAUUUGUUUUUCAUCUGUGUCCUGAGGAGAACCACAGAGCGCCACCAGAUUUGCACGGGCAAAAACCAGGCGCGCCUCUGCUACGUCUUCAGUUCGGACUUUGGCAAGACGUGGAGCCAGGCAAAAGACUUAACAGAGACUGUGAUUGGCUCGGAGAUUCACAGAUGGGCCACCUUCGCCGUCGGACCAGGGCACGGCGUUCAGACCAAGAGCGGCAGGCUCGUUAUCCCGGCCUACAUGUUCUACAUCCACCACAGAUGCUUCUGCUACCCUAUGCCGUGCUUCACGGAGCCCCACGCCUUCUCCUUCUACAGCGACGACUGUGGCAAGACGUGGCAGCUCGGCACCAGGAUGCGUCUUAAGUCCUGCGAGUGCGAGAUGGCCGAAGUGCUGGACCACAAGGGCCAGAGCUACUUGUACUGCAACGCCCGCAACACCAAGGGCCACAGAGUGGAGGCCCUGAGUCAGGACGACGGGGCGGACUUCACCAAGGCCCAUCACGCACGGAUGUUAGUGGAGCAGCCGCACGGCUGCCAAGGCAGUGUUGUGGCCUUCAAGGUGCCUGAGUACGCCUCCUCUGCAGAAGGAGACGAUGAAACGACAUGGCUGUUGUACACUCACCCGACAAACAGGAAGAAGAGGAGGGAUAUGGGAGUGUAUUUGAACCGCGCUCCCCUGCAGGGCUGCCAAUGGGAGGAGCCGUUGAUCAUCCACGAAGGCCCCAGUGGCUACUCGGAUCUGGCCUUCUGUGAGGACACAAACACGUUCGCCUGCCUCAUGGAGUGUGGACAGCAGAGCGAGCUGGAGGAGAUUGCCUUCAUGCAACUCGAUUUCAAACACAUGUUAGAAUGAAAGUCAAAUCCCAUUCCUGUUUUGUCCUUGCCUCACAAUGAGGAAUGCUGUACCAGAGAGAGUAGAGAGAGAGAGAGGUUCCAUUGGCCCAUUGUUUCCGGGUUCUAUUAUUGCAAGGGGGAGUGGGGGAAAUCCCCCUUUAGGCAGACCUAGGCAGACCUAAGGACUGUUCUAUUCAAUGCUAGGAGCAUUAUGACACGCCCCUUUAGGCAGACCGGAACCUGGUCACGUUAGUUGCCCAUAGAAACCUAUUAU